UUCCAAUAAACAAGUGAUCGGUAAUGAGAUACGGCGAGGGAAUAAUUAAUGAGACUCAGAUUAGUCGAGGAAAGGAAACUAUAUUCGGGCCGUGGCGGAGAGACGCGUCGCCGAGUCGCGAGAGCAUGUGAGCGCAGUGUCCGUAGAGAUGACCGGGAUUUGCUUGCUUCGCACCGCCGACAUCAACUCUCUUCCAGCACACAGAAUGCGCACAUGAGAUAGUGACAUGCAUCCUGAUGGGCGCCUCCGACUCGAAACUCAGCUUCAAGCAGGGCGUCUUCCGCCUGUCCGAGCCCGAGCAGAUUCCCGCCGAUGAUGCCUACUGGACUGGCUUCUGGGAGCUGCCUGAGUCUACCGAAGAUGUCUUCUCGCUCUUCUCGCCCGCGGAUAUCCGCCGCACGCGCGACAACAAUCUAGUCAAUCUCGAAACGCUCAUCCUCGCCGUAUCCUCGCGCCUUUGUGUCCUCCGCAACCACCCCUCUUUCCCAGAUCCCGAGCUCGCACCGGAACGAGAUGCUCUCAAUUGCAUUCGGGUACUCACCCGGCUGCUGCCUUUUCUAUAUGAAGCCGACCAUCUCGAGGGGUGGGAAGACCAGUUCUUCUGGGCUGCGCGGCGGAAGCGCAGUCGGCGGGGCCAGCUCGUGAGAAGCGAGGUCAUCUUCGACGAGGCCGACCCUGAGCAGACGCCGACCGAGAAGGAGCCAGAAUUUGAAAACGCAAAACCGCUGGCUGAGGAGAUCAUCGACACCCUGAUCGAUCUCCUCUUCUUCUCUGAGUUUACCCUGCCAAAGGUGCCAGCAGGCAAGAACAAGGUCACAUACGCGAUAUGGCAGAGCGGCGUGGGCUGCAACACGCCCGUGGCUUCGACAAAGGAAUUCGAGAGCAACAGGACUGAAAUCCUACGCCUACUGCUCACGUUGGCAAGCAAGUCCAUGUACAUGUCUGCCGGUAUACUCCCCGUCAAGGGUGUCAAGGCCAUUACGUACAUAGCGACCUGUCCGGACAAGCAAGUUGUGCUGUCAGUCUUGUGUUCGCUUCUCAAUACAACUUUGAAGUACAACCCCGCAACAUGGCGCGUGCCAUACGACCAUGUCGUUUUCAAGGACCAAAGGCAGGUUCUGGUCACAUACUGCCUGCAACUCCUUUUAGUACUCAUCCUGUAUCCCAUACCCGAGCCUGGCAAUGGGCCUGCGCCAAAGAACUUCUUUCGUCAUUUCCUUGGUCGCCUACACCGGCCACAAGACUUCCAAUUCCUGGUCGAUGGUAUGACGCGAGUACUAAAUCAACCCCUUCAAGCCAAUACCACCUAUCUCCCAGGAAGCCACAAGUCCUUGACAUGGGCGCCGGAGAUGAUCAUGCUCUUCUGGGAAGCCCUACAGUGCAAUAAACGCUUCCGCUCGUUCAUCAUCGAUACCCAUCGCGCCCAUGAUUUCGUGGUUUUGGUGCUGUACUACGCUAUCGAUCAACGCAAUGACCCGUCGAAGCAAGGGCUAGUACGUAUGUGUGUAUUCGUACUCCAGACGUUAAGCGUAGAGCCACAAUUUGGCAAAAGCCUCAACAAGACCUUUGAAGGACAGGAGUCGCUUCCACUAAGUAUACGGAUACCAAACUUCCACGGCACAUACGCCGACUAUGUUAUUACGUCUAUCUACACGCUACUCACUACGGGGAAAGGCAAGCUUGAUGCAGUCUACCCUGCAUUACUCGCUAUACUCAACAAUAUUGCGGCAUAUGUGCAGAACCUCGGACGUGCCCCAAGCUCUAAGCUCCUGCAGCUGUUCGCUUCCAUGUCAUCGCCCAGUUUCUUGCUCGCCAACGAGAAUAACCACACCCUUCUUCACUCGCUCUUGGAGGCAAUAAAUGCCAUGGUCGAGCACCAGUAUCAACAUAAUCCCAAUCUUGUAUAUGCGAUUGUGCGAUCACGGAAGAGAUUCCAGGCUUUACGAGACUUCACACUCGAAAGUGGUCAGGAGGAGCUUGAACGCCAAAAUCAACUGCGCAAAGAGGGCGGAGAAGAGCUCCAGAGAGCUACGUCUAUCGACAGCCUACGGAGCCCUACAGUGUCUCGAACGCCGACUCUAGAUAACGUACCAGAAGAGGAUAGCGCGUUCGCCAUUGGCGAUGACGAUGAUUCAGACGCGGACGAACCGCACAUAACUGAACAGCCACGAUCACCAGUGCAGUCUCAAUCAGGAGCUUCAAGAAGCGCAUCGAUAGCAUCGUCCGUCGAUGAAUCUGUUCCGCUUCAGUUGAGAGGCAUGUCAGAGAAGGCGCGGGGCAAGAUGCCGGUUGGGCAGCCCGCCUUCUCUCGACAGAAUAGCGUGACCAGCCUCCACAGCCUAGCAGGCCCAGCAUUAGCCUCAAAUGAGUUCUUUACGCCGUCUGUGCCAUGGCUCGAGAGUUGGCUUUCGGGAUUGCCGCUUCACACUGUCCUUAUGCUGAUAUCCGAGCUCGGCCCUAAAAUGCCCAGUUCAGGAAGCUCAAAUGACACAGCAGCAGCAUUGAAAAUCAUUCGGGAGACGCAAGUGCGUGGCAUCGAGCCCUCACCUAUCAGAGUACAUCUCUUCGAAUGGUCACCCAUGUCCCUUGGUUGGUACGAGUCAUUACUCUGGGGGUUCGUCUUCGCGGCCGAAAUGUUCGUAGCGAAGGGAACAGCUGGGGUAUGGAACAACACUAGCAUAAGGCUGUUCAAGGUCCAAGAAGCUGCGGCUACCACGCCGUCUCUAAUGGCACCACGAGGGGCUGUAGACGCUGUGGGGAGCAAUAUCGUGCAACGUAUUGGCAGCCUCAAUCUACGGGGAGCGGCCAGUCAGGCCACGCAGCGUACUCCAGCGAGCAACGGCAACGCCGGGAACGCGAAUGUUAGGGACGUCUAGCGUAGUCUUGAUGGCAAAAGUUGACCAACAUUGGCCACAUCUCCAUUGAUUCUGUACGAGAAUAAUGGACUAAAGGCAAUGAUUGGUGUUCCUGAGCUGCACGUUAGGUCUUUUGCCCUGUUUCGAACUCGCGGUUUGCCGAUCAUUUCGGCUCUGGAACUGGACCCUGACGAAGAUGAGGCUGUGCAGCCGCCACAUCUCAAGCUGUGGCGACGGCCAAAUUUUAGGGCACUGUAUACAGCCAACAACAAUCAACGAUUUUUUACAAGCGCUUCUGGACUCUCCGGCGCAUGACGC